UAUUUGUGUUCGCCAUCACGCUUCUGGCCAGUUUUGGCAUGGUCGCUUAAUGAAUGAAGUCUGUAACAACUUUCGUAUUUUUGCCCUUGAAGCCAUCCUCCUCCUCCUCCUCCUCUCCAGUGGAUUUGAUAAUUCCCUUCUCAUCAUGGCCAAGCAUCUGGCUCAGUUGAUUAUUGCAGGGGCCCAAGUAGUGGGCAAGGCCUUUGUAUCCGCCGUACGGCAAGAGAUCCGCAUGAGUCAGGAAGCGGCCAAGCGACACGCCAAUAAGAAUAGCACGGCGAGUGCGGCCGAGACGACUCGAUCCGGGAUCUCUUUGGACGAAGCUAUGGAGAUCUUGAACGUGGACCAUUUGAAGGAUGUGGAGUCCAUUCAGAAGAAUUACGAGCACUUGUUCAACGUGAAUGACAAGGCCAAAGGCGGUUCCUUCUACCUCCAAUCCAAGGUGGUUCGAGCCAAGGAGCGGGUGGAUCAAGAGAUGCAGUUACAAGGCCAGGUUCAAGGCGAGGAAUCGCAGAAAAAGGACACGGGAUGAGGUUGGCGGGGCUGUGGGUUGAGGGGGCGGUGCCGGUGACCUUUGGGACCUUGGACACGAACCUGCUUGGGCUGUGAUGAUGAGAACUUGACAAUGUUAGAGCACAGAUAGAUAGAGAUCAUACGUAUAGACAGAUGCAUUGCUAGUCGGGCCCCUCAAGUUAUCCUUUGUAUGAGGCAUCCGGACUGGGAUAUUGAUAAUGAUGAAUAAAUAAUGAUGUUUUCAAGGGA